UGUUUUACAGCUUCAGUAUUUUUGCCUCAUGCAGACUAUUCUAAAGGAUUUGGCGGCAAGUUUGGCGUACAGACGGAUAGGCAGGACAAGUCUGCCGCUGGCUGGGACCACAUUGAGAAAGUGGACAAACAUGAGAGUCAGAAAGAUUACUCUCAGGGCUUUGGCGGUAAAUUUGGUGUGCAGAGUGAUAGGCAGGAUAAGUGUGCUGCAGGCUGGGACCAUAUUGAGAAGGUGGAGAAACAUGAGAGCCAGAAAGAUUAUGUUGUUGGGUUUGGAGGGAAGUAUGGUGUGCAGAAAGACCGGCAAGACAAAACUGCCCUGGGAUGGGACCAUAUUGAGAAAGUGGAGAAGCAUGAGAGCCAGAUUGACCACUCCAAGGGCUUUGGUGGGAAGUUUGGAGUCCAGAAGGAUCGCAUGGACAAGGCUGCCCAUGUUUUCUCCGAACCUCAGGGUGGUGUCGGCACUAACUAUGAACCAACCAAGCCACAACUACCAGCAGCCUCAUCGAAGGCAUCAAGUCUACGUGCUCGAUUUGAAACCUUAGCUGUAAGCCAAGAAGAUGAAAGAAGGAAACAAGCAGAAGAAGAAAAGAAGAAGCGCUAUGAAGGUGACGCAGCCAUGAUUCAGAAGGAGAAGAUGAGAGUGAUGCACCAGCAAGAAGAAGAAGAAGAGAGACUCAGGAAGCGCAAUGAAGAAGAAGAGAGAUUACGAGAGAAGAGGAAAGAGCUCGUGCUGCAGCAGCAGAGAGAACUGGAGAUGGAAAGUCAACUCAAGGAACAGCCUUAUAUUCCACCCAAGGAGCAACCUCAUGUCCCACCCAAGGAACAACUUGAUGUCCAGCCCAAGGAACAACUUGAUGCUCAUCACAAGGAAGCUGUGAGCAAGAAGUUGUUGAGUGACGACUCUUCACCCCAGGAUGAGAAGGAAGAAGUUGCAGCAAGACAACAUGUAAGUAACUUAAUGUUUAUUACAACCCUCUCACACCAUGCUGUCAGUCUUGACACACGCAAGGUCACCUCUCACACCAUGCUGUCAGUCUUGACACGUGCAAGGUUACCUUUCACACUGUGCUGUCAAUCUUAACACAUGCAAGGUCAC